AUGUCUGGUCGAAACCGUGAUACACCUUACUUUGAAGAUAAGGUGCAUAUCGCAGGAUUGAAAAUGUGUAAUAAUGUUGAUCAAGAAGUCCGAGAGAACGCGGCUUCCCUCAUGCUUCAGGCGGAAAAUAAUCGACACGUGUCUUCGAAUACGCUAAUGUGCCUCUACGAUACACUUGUUUUCUCACCACCGAUAUAUAUCGGUAGUCAGUUCCACCGGAGCAAAAUUCCAUACAAGGAAAUUGUUGGAUUUUAUCUUGCUCCUACUUACAAAAAUCGAUUGGUGCUGGUUGCUCAGGAAUCACGAUCUAGCAAAGUGUUCUUGUAUGGAAUAGAAAUGAGUUCGCCACAAAAAACACAGGAAAUCAGUUCACUUCUUGGAGAUGCCCGUACCCCAAGUAAAAGCAGCAACUCUAAACGUGAGCGUGUGAAAACUGUGACAGUCAAGCCUACUGCACCGGAAACAAGACCGAUAAAGAAAUCGUCAGUUAUCGAAAUUACUCAAGAAAGACCUGUGGAAUCUCCAAUAACCACAUCUUCACAAAAGACAUAUCGGUCUGAACUAAAUUGGGGAAACGAUAAUUCUACCAAGCAUAUGGAGCAACGCAAUACGCCUCAGUCUUCUCAAAAUGGCUACAUGAACGGAUACAAAUAUAACAAACCAACAGCACCACAGAAGUACUCCGGAAUAAUUAGUAAAGACCUCGACAGUGACUGGGAUCACAUAAGGGGCCUCUCAAAUACGUACGAUGAAGACGAUCUGGAUGAACGAAUUUCAAUAGGCUAUUACAACGACGAGGCAGAACUGAUGGAAAAUUCAAAAAGACGUUCACCUAGAGAUGAAGAUGCAUCUGAUGACACCGUUACACCUCAGAACGCUUGGGUUGAAAAUAUUACCUAUAUUUCAAAUCAUCCAGAAACUGGAAGCCAAAUGUCUGCAAAUGGUUCGAUCUAUAUGUAUGUUGCCCAACAGGUGAACUCCCGAAGUGAAAGUCAUAUAGUAUUGUGA